UGACAUCUUUAAAGUGAUCCCUCCUUGUAGCGUGUGACGCAUUAGCACUGUUUUAUUUUUUAUGUUUAGUUUAUAAAGAUAAUUUAUUUAUGAAUAGUUUAGAACAAAAAAAAAAAAACGCUGACUUCUUUUAUCAAGAUCCAGCCCAGUGAAAGUUCACUGACUUGACCAACAUGAAGGAAGAAAUCGCCGCCGCCGUGUUCUUCGUGGCCCGUCUGGUUAAACGGUACGGAUGUCUGGAUAAGGACAGCCGGGAUCGCUUCGCCGCCGCGCUCACGUCUGCUUUGUUGGAGAGCUACAAAAACCACUGGCACCCGAACGCACCAACCAAAGGGCAGGCUUACAGGUGUCUACGUAUGAACCGCGUGCAGCUGCAAGACCUCGUGUUGCAGAAGGCGUGCGACAGAAGCGUGGUUCGCUACGAGGACCUGGGCCUCCCUGAGGAACUGACCUUGUGGGUCGACCCUGGCGAGGUUUCGUGCAGGUAUGGCGAACACAGUGCCCCAUUCUCCAUCUCAGCGGUGGGCGGAUGCGGGCGGCGACCGGGUGGCGAGUUUUCCCGCCGCGUCCACGAUGCCGUGGAGCGCGCCAGCCUCGGUGUGGCCUCGGGCAGUUCUUCGGAAGAGGAGGAAGAUGGCGAGGAUGAUGACGGCAGCAGCAGUGGCAGCAGCGUCCUGUCUGCCCUGUGCCCCCCGGCCAACCCUGAACCCAAGACCAUCCCCACCGUCAACAACCCCAAUAGCGUCUACAGGUUCAGCGAGUUUUCUCUCGGCGCCCCCAAGACGUGGCUCAUGUACCCAAAGAGGAAGGCAUUCAUCGGGGAUGUUUUCCAGCCUCCCGCCCCUCCUCCUCCUCCUGGAGGUCCCGCACAGCAGCUCUCUGGCCAGAAGGGCGUCAACCCCUACCGGUCCACUUUCACGUUCAGUGGCCCCCGUGUGGACAAGUACCACUGGGUCAGCAAAUACCGGUCCUAGAACCCACUCCAAGUUUGGACCCAGACCAACGGGACGAGGACGUCUUUGAAGUAUGAAUUUAGUCCUAUUAUAUGUGCGUGAUUUAAAAAGUUUUUUUUUUUCUCUCUCUUUUAACUUCUUGACACGUCUUUUUUUAAAUGUAAAUGUGUUUUUUAACUUGCUCACUUGUCAAUAAAGUAACAUUGAACUGUGGCUGAAAAGAAAUAAAAAAUGUGUGCAAUCUUCAAA